AGCACUGCCAUUGAUAUACUCUCCGGUUUAAUAUAUUGUCAUAAUAACUAUUUAUUACACAUGGAUAUUAAACCACAAAAUAUAAUGGUACAACUAAUGUAUCCUAAACCACAAGAGAAAAUUAACCCAAAUAAACCCUACAGAAGGUACAAAUGUAAAUUAUGUGAUUUUGGUUCGUCAAUAAAAAUAACUGCAGAAAAAACACAAGCUACAGGUUUAGCAAAGGGCACUAUACGUUACAUGGCGCCGGAAGCCCUCAAAGAAGAACCACUAACAACUGCUGCAGAUGUAUAUGCCUUGGGCAUAACCCUGUGGCAAAUGUCUUAUCGUCUAAUGCCUUACUAUUGGCUGGAAUGUAAUGAAGUAGUGGCCUAUCAAGUGGUUAAACAUAAAUUACGACCCAAUGCUUUACAAUCGAAUAUUGAGCAAAUUUCGAAUACAAAUUCCUCUAAUUUACAUGAUAAUUGUUUUUGUGCCACAAAUUCUGCUAAUUUAUCCUACCACUCUUGGGAGAAUUUACGCAAUAUUUUAAAUAAAACCAAAUGUGAAUUAUUAACAGAAACGGUGACAAAUGCCGAAUAUCCUUUAAAAAAGUUAGAUUUAAAAAGAAAUCCUUUAAAGGAUUUAAAUCAACAAGUAAAUUCUAAACAAAAGAUUUCAAAAGUAAAACGCAAUUUACAACAGGAUUUCAUGAUCAUUGAUUCAUUUGCUUUGAGUAGCAUCUUUAAAAAUGAUAAUGAUUUUCUGGAUUCUUUGCAAAAGGAGGAGUUGUAUGAGGAAAUUUUUAAAUCCUGCUGGCACAGUGAUUUUAAUGAAAGACCCAAAUGUAGGGAAUUACUAAAACGUUUUAAUGAAUUUAUGUAAAAUUAUAUAUAGAUUAUGUUUUUAGUAUAAGUUGUUGUUCUUUUUUAUGUUUUGCAUGUUAAUUUUAUUUUAUUUAUAUUUUAACAAA